AUGGCUUUCCUGGAGGAUGGGAACCACACUGUAGUGACAGAGUUCAUUUUAUUGGGGUUGACAGAUGACCCAGUCCUGAGAGUCGUCCUCUUCACUAUUAUUCUGUGCAUCUACCUGGUGACUGUGUCUGGGAACCUCAGCACCAUCCUCCUCAUCAGAGUCUCUUCCCAGCUUCAUCACCCCAUGUACUUUUUUCUCAGUCACUUGGCUUCUGCUGACAUAGGCUACUCAUCUUCUGUCACACCUAAUAUGCUUGUCAACUUCCUGGUGCAGAGAAAUACCAUCUCCUACUUUGGAUGUGCCAUCCAACUUGGCUCUGCUGUUUUCUUUGGGACAGUUGAAUGUUUCCUUCUGGCUGCCAUGGCUUAUGAUCGUUUUGUAGCAAUCUGUAGCCCACUGCUUUAUUCAACCAAAAUGUCCACAGAGAUUUGUGUUCAUUUGCUUGUAGGCUCGUAUAUUGGUGGUUUUCUUAAUGCUUCAUCCUUUACCCUUUCUUUCUUUUCUCUUUUCUUCUGUGGACCAAAUAGAGUCAAUCACUUUUUCUGUGAUUUUGCUCCUUUAGUAAAACUCUCAUGUUUUGAUGCCAGUAUCCCUGCAGUUGUUCCCUCAUUCACAGCUGGCUCCAUCAUUGUGAUCACAGUGUUUGUCAUUGCUGUCUCCUACAUCUACAUCCUCAUCACUAUCCUGAAGAUGCACUCCACAGAGGGCCGCCACAAGGCCUUUUCUACCUGCACCUCCCACCUCACUGCAGUCACUCUGUUCUACGGAACCAUCACAUUCAUUUAUGUCAUGCCUAAGUCCAGCUAUUCUACAGACCAGAACAAGGUGGUGUCUGUGUUCUACAUGGUGGUGAUUCCCAUGUUGAACCCCCUCAUCUACAGUCUUAGGAAUAAUGAGAUUAAGGGUGCUCUAAAGAGACAGAUAAGCAGGAAAAUGUUUUCUUAG